CGUCAUCGAGCGACCGGGUGCAGUAAUUUUAUGUAAUGUAUCGUGCAUAGCGCGAUUGAUUUCAAAAUGCAGAAUGUCUCCCUUAUUUAAAAAAGAAGACUUUGUACAAAACCGAGCAGCUUAAAGUAGCUUACAACAACACAAGCUAACGUACUGGGAGCCGCAGAGGAUGCCUCUACCCGCGGCACUGCUGGCCCGCUUGGCCAAGAGAGGGAUUGUUAAACCAUCAGACCAAGAGGUAGAUGAGGAGAUUAUUGCUGAAGAUUACGAUGACAACAACGUAGAUUACGAAUCCACGAGAGUGGAGAAUCUACCACCUAACUGGUAUAAAGUGUUUGACCCUGCUUGUGGUCUUCCCUAUUACUGGAAUGCGGAGACAGAUUUGGUGGCGUGGCUGUCCCCAAAUGACCCAACUGCAGUGGUAACAAAACCUGCCAAGAAAAUUAGAGUUGAGGGAGGAGAUGAAAGAGUUGAGAGGCCGUUUGAGAAGCCAGACAGAGAGCGAGAGCGGGAAAGAGACAAAGAUCGGGAUCGGGACAGAGACCGAGAGAGGGAUGAAGGGAGGGACAGAGACAGAAGAAAGAUGAGGAGAGAGGACACGGCUCCGUACAGUAAGAACAAAAGAGGGAGAAAAGAUGAUGAGAUGGACCCCAUGGAUCCAAGUGCUUAUUCUGAUGCCCCAAGGGGCAAUUGGUCAAGCGGCCUGCCCAAGCGUAAUGAAGCAAAGACGGGUGCGGAUACCACAGCGGCGGGCCCCCUGUUCCAGCAGCGGCCCUACCCCAGUCCCGGAGCCGUGCUCCGGGCUAACGCAGCAAACCAACUACCCAAGGAGUAAGCCGAGCUCCCGGGGAACAGCUACAAAAGACACAGCUGUAAAGUUAGUCUCAUCUUAACAUUUGCUAUUACAGACUGACAUUCUUAAGUUGUAUUUUCAUUCUAAAACCUGCAAUUGUCAGAAAUUGAGUGCUGAGCUUUUACACCACCAGUGCAUUCAUACUCUUGUCAAACAUGUAGAACAGUUGUAAAUAUGUUUUUAUAUGACCUAAAGAUUGACCUUUUUGUUGUUAACUAAAGCCAUUACUGGACUUCAUUUGCUAAUAAAUGUAAAGAAUAAACUUUGGAAAUGA